AUGACUGCGGUUGUACAAGAAGGCAACGAGUUAAAGAGGUUACUUAGUAACCCUGCAAAAAAUGCUGGUGAGGAUUGCUCGAUGGCUCCGCCGCAAUCGACUAAUGUUCCGCGGCCGAGCACAUCGCAAAAUCUUAAUCCACAGUCAAUGAUCAGUCCAAUGACCCCCAUUCAUAGUACAAAAGAAGUUAUAGAACCAUGUUUACAAAAUGUAGUUUCUACAGUUAAUUUAGGCACAGAAUUAACACUUAUGUAUAUUAAUACUAGAACAAGAAACUCAGAAUAUAACCCAGCAAGAUUUACAGGUCUAAUUAUGAGAAUUAGAAAUCCCAGAGCAACUGCAUUGAUUUUUCACUCAGGGAAGUUAGUUUGCACUGGAGCAAGAUGCGAAGAAGAUUCUUAUUUAGCCACAAGGAAAUUUGCAAGGAUCAUUCAGAAACUAGGAUUUCCAGUUAAAUUUUUUAAUUUUAAGAUACAAAAUAUAGUUGCCACUUGUGAUUUAAAAUUUCCAAUUAAAUUGGAAAACUUAAAUCAUAUACACGGACAAUUUUCUAGUUAUGAACCUGAGCUUUAUCCAGGUCUCAUAUAUAGAAUGGUGCAACCAAGAGUUGUAUUGCUUAUAUUUGUAAAUGGAAAAAUUGUUUUAACAGGAGCAAAGAAUCGAGGGGAACUGCAGGAUGCCCUGAAUAAUAUAUAUCCAAUAUUGAAAAGCUUCAGGAAGCAAUAACAGUAUUUUCUAUAUUUUAAGUUUCUCAACGAUAAUAUACAAUUUAUUUGAAGACAAUUAAA